UAUUAAUGAAAAUAAUUCCAUCGAUCACUAUUCCCAUGUUGUUUGUGGUACAUGUGCUGCAUCUCUUAAUAAACUCGAUGCAGCAUUUCGAACAUUUCAACAAACACAAAACAAUCUUCGCUUAAAAUUCCGUAAAACAACCCAUAUUAUUCAUUAUCAAUUAGAAAAGCAAAUACAAAAGUCGAUGAAAGAAAAUCAACAAGAACAAUUAGUCGAAACAAAACAACAAAUACAAGAAGAAAAAAAUCCUAUACCAAAGCGACAUCAGUAA